GUUCGUGACUCGGCUUCGCGCGGCAAUGCUUGUAGGCGUGGGAACUACAUUUCCCAUCAGUCGUAGCGCCACUUCCUGCUUACCGAGCAGCCCUUACAGGAGUCAGCUGAGCGAAUGUAAACAAACUCUUCCUAGGAGGGCUCCCAGGAGCUCAGCAUCAGCAGCCGCCAGAGGCCCGGGAGGAGGAGGAGGAGGAGGAGGGAAGCUCUGCACGGGGUGCCUCGGUCUAUAACCUCUAUAUCCAGCUGCAGCUUCUGCCAUAGGUCAUUUACUGCUUCAUCCAGGCUGAGCAAGAUGGAGGACAACAAGGUGUCCGGAGGGAAGGUGAAGAAGCGAGGGCGGAGGCCGGCCAAGAUUGACCUAAAGGCCAAGCUUGAGCGGAGCCGGCAGAGUGCGCGAGAGUGCCGUGCGAGGAAAAAACUGCGUUACCAGUACCUGGAGGAGCUGGUGUCCGGCCAGGAGCGAGCCAUCUGUGCGCUGAGGGAGGAGAUGGAAAUGUACAAACAGUGGUGCACCGCCAUGGAUCAAGGUAAAAUCCCAUCCGAGAUCCGAGCGCUCCUCAGCGGAGAAGAACUGAACAAAUCUGCUCCCAACUCCGGCAAACCGCACCGACCUGUGAAAGCGGAACCUGCGGAGAAAUGACCCUCAGCACCCCUCAUUUUUUUGGUUGGACGUGUCUACUUGCUGAUUGCUACCUGAAGCAAAGGAAUGGGGUCUGGCAUCCGGGUCUCUACACAGGGUCUUCCAGGCGACUGAGCCCUGCCCGCAACAUCGGAGAGGGAGUGAAGUCUCUUACGCCCCUGUGUCUGUGACUAUGCAUCGUCGCCCUGUACACGGGAAAGAAAGCGUUUGCUACGGUGUCCUAUCCUAGAUAGUCAGCUUUUGUUCUAUUCCCGACACAAGCACUAACCCUUUAAAUGCCACCGGGGGUCUGCCAAGCCUAGCUCCAUAUCCCAGCCGAGACCCCUUUAAGAGAAGCUGUAUGUGGUGUGGGGUGAAAGAAAUGUAUGAUUCUCCGUCAGCUGAGCGCAGCAAUAGGUACGGGAUGUAGUUGUCGGUGCGGUAAGGCCAGGCUAACUCUGCUCUGCCGCCCGUCUGUUGUCCUUGCAUUAUGUAAAACUUCUGAGUCUUGUGUGUCCUGCUUUUAGUACUAUAUAAAUCUUCUAUAAUAGCGGCUGAUAUGAAUUCACAUCUGCCGUCGAUCGUGGCUGCAGGAACGAGACGCGGUGGAUGAGCGGCUUUCUCGUGUGACUGUCAGAUAGCGGUUCAGACCACGUUCUCGGCAACGCUGAGCUGCCCGGGGAUAUUCUCUAGGCAGCACCUAUCCUGUUAUCCUAACCCCUGGCAUUCCCAGAGGAAUCCUCGUCCCUCCCCAGAUAAACCUCUAUGUCCGUGUGCCCACUUCUCACUAUGAGAAUUACAGGAUGGGGCCUGCAUUGCCCCGUGGUGUGUACAUUGUACUGUAGUCUUGUACGUCCCCAGCGUUAGUUGUGCCUGUCUCCUAUUCUGCUAACAACGUCGAGACUGAAUAAACCGACAAAUAAUGCAGACUGUACUUCUUGUGAUUUGUAUACUGUACGUUGCAAUUAAACAUGACUGAUUCUAAA